AGUCCCAAUUAGGGUUUCUCUCUCUCUCUCUCUCUCUCGUUGCUCCUCUCCAGUCGGCACAAAACAGCGCCGGAAUCCGCGGCUUCUCGUCCUCCUCCUCCCUCUCGCCGGCAGAUUCUCCGAUCAGAGGCCGUUUCCUCUUCUCGAUUAUGGCGAAUCCAUCGGCGGCGAGAUCUUUCCUUCAAGUGGCGUCGACCGAGGAGGUUGCCCCGCCUCUCAGAGUCGUCCAGAUUGAGGGUCUGGUUAUUUUGAAGAUAAUCAAGCAUUGCAAAGAGUUCACCCCAGCUCUCGUCACGGGGCAGCUGCUUGGUUUGGAUGUUGGCAGUGUCCUUGAAGUUACCAAUUGCUUCCCUUUCCCGAUACGUGAAGAAGAUGAGGAGAUUGAAGCAGAGGGUGCCAAUUACCAGCUUGAGAUGAUGAGGUGUCUUCGGGAGGUCAAUGUUGACAACAACACCGUCGGAUGGUACCAAUCAACAUUGUCUGGUUCUUAUCAAACCGUGGAAUUGAUUGAGACCUUCAUGAAUUAUCAGGAGAACAUAAGGAGGUGUGUUUGCAUAAUAUAUGAUCCUUCAAGAUCGUAUCAAGGUGUCUUAGCCCUCAAGGCCCUGAAGCUCUCUGAUUCAUUUAUGGAACUGUAUCGUAGUAAUAACUUCACCGGAGAGAAGUUGAGGGAGAAGAAUUUGUCAUGGGUGGAUAUAUUUGAGGAGAUACCGAUCAAAGUUUCAAAUUCCGCUCUCAUCAGCGCCUUUAUGACAGAGCUUGAAGCUGAUUCACCUGUCACUCAGUGCGAUUAUGACCGGCUGAAGUUGUCAAGCAGUCCAUUUGUUGAGAGGAAUAUGGAAUUUUUGAUUGAAUGCAUGGAUGAUUUGUCAGCAGAGCAGCAGAAGUUCCAAUUUCAUUAUCGGAAUUUGUCACGGCAGCAAGCACAACAGCAAGCAUGGCUUCAAAAAAGAAGGUCUGAAAACAUGGCACGAAAAGCUGCAGGAGAAGAGCCUUUGCCUGAGGAGGAUCCAUCAAACCCCAUCUUUAAGCCACUCCCUGAGCCAUCACGCGUGGACAGCUUUCUUAUAACAAAUCAAAUUUCCAACAACUGCAACCAGAUCAACGGGGUUGCUGGACAGAACUUCAGCAGAUUGUAUUUGAUGAAGGCAUUGCAGGAGAAUUAAUGACAGAUUGGAAGAUGCCUUGAUAUAGUUACAUGAGAACAAUCGAGCUGUUUUGUGAGACAAGAGGGAGAGCAAAUCAGUUGCAUGUUCUUUUUUGUUCACUCGGUCCGUGUUGUAUUCAAUUAGUGGAAUCUAAAUUUUGAGCACUAAUUAUCCGAAUUACUCGGGGAGUAAAGUCGAAUACGAUUGUAUGCUGCAGCUUGACAGGAA